AUGGUAGCUUUGUUCCACGAUAUGAUGCAUAAAGAGAUAGAGGUAUAUGUGGAUGACAUGAUUGCAAAAUCUCAUACAGAAAGGGAUCAUACUGUCAAUCUCAAGAAGCUGUUCAAGAGAUUGCGAAAGUUUCAGCUCAAGUUGAACGCUGCAAAAUGUACUUUUGGUGUAACUUCUGGGAAAUUGUUAGGGUUCAUAGUAAGUGAAAAGGGAAUUGAAGUGGACCCGGAUAAGAUACGAGCUAUUCAAGAGUUGCCACCUCCCAAAACGCAAGAAGAAGUGAGAGGAUUUUUAGGGAGAUUGAAUUACAUUGCUCGAUUUAUAUCCCAGCUCACCUGCAAAUGUGAUCCAAUCUUCAAGCUGCUUCAAAAACGAGACCCAGGAGAAUGGAAUGAAGAAUGUCAAAUAGCCUUUGAUAAAAUCAAAGAAUAUCUCACAAAUUCACCGGUUUUGGUGCCACCGAUGGUUGGAAAACCUAUUAUUUUGUAUUUAACUGUGAACAAGAAUUCUAUGGGAUAUGUACUGGGACAACAUGAUGAAACUGGGAAGAAAGAACAGGCCAUAUAUUACUUGAGCAAGAAAUUCAUAGAGUAUGAGUCCAAAUACUCUGCACUCGAAAAGAUGUGUUCUCGAUGGCAAGUGCUAUUGUCUGAGUAUAAUAUUGUGUAUGUAUCCCAAAAAUCAAUCAAAGGGAGCGUCAUUGUUGAUUUCCUCGCAGAUCGAGCUAAUGAGGAUUAUGAAUCUAUAAAUUUCGAUUUUUCAAAUGAAGAUUUGAUGGUCGUCUUGCACAUAGAAAACGACGGCCCCAAAGAACUUAAUCCAUGGAAGAUGUAUUUUGAUGGAGCAUCCAAUGCUUUGGGGCACGAAAUUGGGGCAGUGUUGAUUUCUCCAAAUGAAAAAUACUAUCUAGCCAUGGUGAGAUUGAAUUUCAAUUGUACUAAUAAUAUAACAGAGUAUGAGGCGAUGGUAAUGGGAUUACAAGCAGCAAUCGAGAUGAAGGUCGGCGCGAUAGAGCUAGUUACAGAAUUAAGCAAACAAUUCAAGGAAAUCAACUUCAACCAUUUGCCUCAAGAAGAAAAUCAGAUUGCUGAUGCUUUAGCCACUCUCGCAGCAAUGUUCAAAAUAAAAGAAACGGCUUAUGUACGCCCUUUUGAUUUAGAAGUCCGUGAAGCCUCCGCACACUACUUGAAUGUUGAGGAAGAGGUUGAUGGUAAGCUGUGGUUCAUCCAAAGGGAGAUCAUAUGUCGGUAUGGGCUGUCGGAAAGAAUCAUUACUGAUAAUGCAAGCAAUUUGAUUGGUGCGAUGGUGAAAGAGGUUUGCGCUAAAUUCAAGAUCAAGCAUCAUAACUCAACAACUUACCGUCCGAAGAUGAACGGAGCGGUAGAGGUAGCCAACAAAAAUGUCAAAAAGAUUGUCGAAAAGAUGACUGAAGUUUAUAAAGAUUGGCAUGAGAAACUUCUUUUUGCCUUGCAUGCAUAUCGAACUUCUGUGCGUACCUCUACUGGGGCAACUCCGUACUCAUUAGUAUAUGGUACAGAAGCAGUUCUACCUAUUGAAGUAGAAAUCCAAUCAUUGAGGGUGUUGAUGGAAACAAAAUUGGAAGAUGCUGAGUGGGUCCGCUCCCGCUACGAGCAAUUGAAUCUGAUUGAAGAGAAAAGGCUCGUGACUCUUUGUCACGGCCAGAUGUACCAACGAAAGAUGAUGUGA